AUGGAGUAUUUAGGACAUGUUAUUUCCACUAAUAGGAUAGAACCAGACCACUCCAAGAUUAUCGUGAUGCUCGAGUGGCCAGUCCCCAACAACCAAAGGGACCUGCGAGGCUUCCUUGGACUCACGGGCUUCUACCGAAAGUUCGUCAAAGGUUAUGCUGCUAUUGUCGUCCCUUUGACCUCACUCCUGUGUAAAAACAACUUCAGUUGGACACCAGAAGCACAGAAAGUCUUUGAGUGGCUUAAGGUUGCAAUGACUAACGCCCCUGUUUUAGCCAUUCCAAAUUUUUCUCUGCCUUUCAUAUUGGAAACUGAUUUAAUGUGA